CAUACAAGCACUUGUUAGUCGUUGGCCGCGAUAAAAACGUAACUUUAAAUCCGAGCAAUCUGAUUUAUUACAAGGAUAAUAUCAAGAUUUACUCUGGGGUCAGACUUUUAUCAGGGACAUCAUGAUUCGUCAGGGGACAGCGCAGGAGAAACAAGGAGAUCUGAGUGAUUUGAAGGAGAAGACAACUGCAGAACUGAUUGAUUUAUUAGCCAGGCAGGAGAAGCUACUAGCAAAUAGAAAUUUCCUGAUGCGAUUACAAGACAAGGGGGAAAAAGUGGAAAACCUUGCUGAGAAAUUGAGAUUACUGAUAAAGGAGCGUGAGGAGGUGGACAAAGCUGCAAGACUCUUUGAAAAAAUGGACAUUGGUCAAGAGGAUUCAACCAUAACUCAUGUGACAGAGAGGACGGUAAUCGACCAAUCUAAAACCAGUGUAACAGGGAAUGUUAAGAAAAGUAAUGUCUCUGAUGCAAGCGUCGUAAAGCGAGAAAAUAGAGACAAAUUCAAACCGAACAAGGACUUGAAGUCGACUGCAAUACCCGAUAGUUUGCCACGACCUUCUAUAGAGCCUUCUCCAUUGAGAGGUCAGGGAUCACAUGAAAGGUCGUCAAUGGAUGAGAGGGAUGCUGACCUGUCAUCAGCGAAGAUCCCACCACUGAAGAACCAAGAAGCCCAGGUUGUAGAAUUCAGCGAGUCUGCCAAAUUACUUGAGGAACAAAAGAAACAUGCAGAGGCUUUAGUUGCCAAGCAAGCGGCUGAGAGAUUGACAGAAAGGCUCCAUAUCCAGAUGGGUGAUUUCAUCCCUGAAGUUCAACAUGGAAGUUACCGAGGCGGGGAAAUCGAUAGUGAUGAUGAGGAAUCAGAAGAAGGAUCAGAUGAGGAAGGAUCGGGUGAUGGAGGGGAGGGUGAUGGUGAUUGAGGGUGCUUUGUUCUUAACAAGAGGCAUCAAUUUCAGUCUGUGAUACUCUAUCGGGCAGUGGAAGUAAUUGAA